AUGUAUUGGAAAGGUCUGCGAAUUGGCACCUCUGAUGGCAACGAUCCCAAGAGACGGAGCUUGGUCGAACCUCAGUCGGUUUCCCGCCAUAGUGAGCAAAUACCUCGUCCUACUCUCUCCACAACCAACUUAGCACCGAGGCGCUCGGAGUCCGCUCCUCGUUCCCCUCCUCUGACCGGUCCGGAUGAUGCAGACCACGACACUGACAACGCCGGGGCGGAGCUUGCGGGAACUCACUCGCAUACUCCAUCAGGCGAGAUACACAAUACUGGCACAAAUCUAUCAGUAAAUGAUAGUUCAAAUUGGCGCUUCAACAGAUUUAGUUUUAUGAGGCUACGCCAUGCAUCGGACCCUCAACUCUCAAAAUCCUAUGCCAAAGCGGAGGAAGAUGUCCCUCCAGUGCCCAACUUACCUCCACCUACUAUAAUCACAACCGCACCCACGAGCCAUGAACUAGAUCAGCCUGUCAAACGCAAGGCCAAAUUCAAACUCUUCCCGGACGCCAAAACAUCAUCCGUAGAGGGAUUGCCCGCACAGACGCGCGCGCCGAAACAUAAUUGGAAUGAAAAGGCUGGGCAUGCUACACAGGAAUCAACAGGACCACAGACUAUGGAUCCCAUCCUGUCAGCUUCUCAAAGCAAUGGCGAAGAGCCAGGGCGUCUGUCAAUCACGUCGAUCCGAAGCAAUCGCGACCUGCCCAACGAUUCUCAGCGCUCCUCAGUGACGGAUGCGCGGUUUUCGGAGUCUUCUCGUUCCGACCGGAGUGUCGGAGAUAGCAACCUCCGCUCGUCCUCCCCUCGUGAAGGGGCUCCCGGUAACAAACGCUUUCGCAUGCCGCGCUUGAAACGGCAUCGCAGCCCUCUGUUUCCUUUACCUCCGAAACCAACCAAUGCCCACUCGGGAAUUGGCCGUGCACAAAGUCCAGCGGUUUCUAAGUCUGCUGCGGCUGAUUCCAUCCCAAAGUCCGAGAUCUCGGAUGACCAAAAUCAAGAUCAUGUCUCUCCGCUACCAUCUCCAACACGGUCGCCGGCCGGUCUGGCCUCGUCGCGGCCUCCCAUUUUUCGAAAAGACUCGGCGAACUCAGCCCAUUCGGCCCGCUCGACCCCCUCAAACAGGAGUCGAACGAUGCCUACGUCGCGUACGAGGUCGUCUACAUUAGAUUCACUGGCCCAUGCACAAGACAGCGGACAUCCAUCCCCACAUCCCCUCUCUGGACGGACGUCCACUUCCACCAGUGGGCGAAAGAGCUUUGGAGACAUCUUCAGUAUCCCGCAGCGGUUCAGGCAGAAUUCCGAUUCCCCAGUUGGGCGGAAUGGGUCCCCAGGCGCUAAAGGCUUGGGAACACCCCCUUCGAAGCUUAGCUUGAUAUCGUACCCUGAGCGACAAGAGGAUGAUACUCCAGCAACAUAUCUUACUAGACUGGAAGAGAGUAUCCCUAGGAGCGUGAUUGCCGGCGUCCUGGCUCAAUCAAACGAUGACUUUUAUAAAACCGCCUUGCGAAAGUAUAUGAGAGGGUUCUCGUUCUUUGGUGAUCCUAUUGACAUGGCUAUCCGGAAACUCCUGAUGGAGGUGGAAUUACCAAAAGAGACGCAACAAAUUGACCGCUUCAUCCAAAGCUUUGCAGAUAGAUACCAUGAAUGCAAUCCGGGUAUCUUCGCCUCGACGGAUCAAGCUUAUUUCAUCGCCUUCUCAAUCUUGAUUUUACACACAGAUGUCUUCAACAAGAACAAUAAGCGGAAAAUGCAAAAACCAGACUAUGUCAAGAAUACUCGGGGCGAAGGCAUUUCAGAGGAUAUUCUGGAAUGUUUCUAUGAGAACAUCUCCUACACCCCUUUCAUCCAUAUCGAGGACGCAACAUCCAGUGGCCGACAUUUCGCAAAGUCUCGCCGGCCGCUGUUGAAAGCUACCAGCACAGACCAUCUGGCCCGUUCCACCAAGGAACCAGUUGAUCCCUAUACGUUGAUAAUGGACGGAAAGCUCGACUCUCUACGCCCAAGCCUGAAGGAUGUCAUGAACUUGGAGGACACCUAUCGUUGUGAUGGAACUGAUGGGCCGGCAGAUAUUGAUAGUCUCCAUACCGCAUUUGCUAAAACUGGUGCUCUGCAGAUUGUGUCUCCACGUUCUAGGCCGGACGCGUUUAUGCCGUCUAGUAUCGAUAAUCCAGCCGACUCUAAUCCCGGGCUGGUAGAUAUCAAAAUUGCUAAAGUUGGAUUGCUCUGGCGAAAGGAUCCGAAGAAGAAGCGAGCUAGAUCUCCGUGGCAAGAAUGGGGUGCUCUGCUCACACUCUCGCAGCUCUACUUUUUCAAGGAUGUAGCAUGGGUAAAGUCUCUGAUGGCUCAACACGAAACCCAUGUGAAGGAAGGCCGUCGUCGAGCGGUGGUUUUCAAGCCACCUCUCACCGAAUUCAAACCGGACGGUAUCAUGUCGACUGAUGACGCUGUGGCCUUGCUAGAUUCAGGUUAUAAAAAACAUAAACAUGCCUUUGUCUUUGUCCGCCACAGCGCUCUGGAGGAAGUGUUUUUGGCCAAUACUGAGGCCGAUAUGAACGACUGGCUAGCAAAGCUCAAUUACGCUGCGACUUUCCGUACAACUGGGGUCAGAACGAAGGGAAUGAUUGCUACCAAUUAUGACGCACAGCGGAACCGAAUGAGCCGUCGGGGCUCGACUCAGUCGAGUCGCUCGCAUCUCUCUAUGGACAAAGAACCGCCGUCUCCAAACCCUGAUACCGACGUGGCCGAGGAGCUGGUAAUAGCCCGCCAGCAGCUUAUACGCCAAAAGGUCCGAGAGGCUAACGAGAAACUUUUCGUUGGACAACGGCAGCUUGAUGAUCUCUUGCGAAACGCCAGGCACCUGCAAGUUCUGACACCUGUACACUCCAGGGCUAGAGAGCAUGUUAUCAUGGCUGCAGGGCGCAUGGCUGCGAAACUCAAGUGGGUCCGGCAGGAUAUUUGGCGCACUAAGUGCUACAGGGAGGUACUUGUUCGAGAUUUGGGUGACGCAUUAGAUGAAGAAAAGCCUUUCGCAGAGCGCAAACUGCACUUGCAGAUACCGACAACCUCUGUUACUUCGCAACCAGAGACCUUGGAUGGAGUAGGAACUGAAAAAGUAACAUCUCCGAUAGAGGAUGACCUGUCUCCACAUCCAGAGCCUAGCAGACCUCAAUCGGUUUAUAAAACUCCACCGUCACAAUCUACUUCUCCUGAUGACCGGAGACCGAGUAUACCGGCUUCCUUCGCUUCAUUUGAAGUCGCUUCUCGUGCUGGUAGACAACUUUCUUCAGGUAAUACAGAGGAACGCGCGAAGUCUUACUCGCCUCAUCCAGCAAGUAGGCUGGAACGCGAAGCAUCCGUGCUUAGCGCUGUCAGUAAGUUGGAUGUUGCUAGUUUAGGGUCCCGAGCCUCCAAGGUCACUGCUCCCGGAAGUGUAGAUGAUACCGAAGAGCGCCUGCUCCGUGAAACUGGUUUGCUAGAAGUCGGUAGCUCUCCUCAAGCACGAAAGCAAUCAUCAGCUACCAAUGGAAGUGAGACCGAUCAGAAACCAGAAGACUCUCAAGGCGCGUUUCAAGGGGAGAGAGCUAGUCGUAUCCGUCGCAGCCUUCAUCGUACCCUUCGGGAUUCUUCUGGUGGUCAUCAUCUACAUUACCCUCGGAGCAAGAAGUCUCGAGACUCAGGGUUCAGUAUGGCGACGCUCGAUGAUGGCCAGAAACCACAACAAGGCGAAGGGUUAUCACGGAAAUCAACCAGCUUUACUGUGCAUGGCAAGAAGGCAUCGAUUGUGACUUUCGGAUCUGAGUGGCAGAACAUGCCACCGGAGGAACGCCUCAAACUACGAAAGCCAACCCCAUCGGAAGAGCCAAGGACAUCUAAUCCAGAGCUAGCUAGUAGUGCAGGCUCUAUCGCUUCAGAGUCAUUUUACCCUGGAACCCCACGCCCUUUGCGAAACGGGAGUGUCGCUACUAGAGGAAGCGCACGCAGCCCUGAUGAGCCCUGGAAUCCAGCAGAAACAGCCGGAAUCUUAUAUCGCGAUGACAAAGCCAAGAGCGAUGCUGCUAUUGGUCUAACCUCGCUUCCAGAGCCAGGUGAUAUGUCAGUGUCGCCCGUCUCGUCCUUUAAAGAGCCAGGUGCCUCCGCCAAGGAGAACACUACGCCGGGGAUGCAGCCUAGUCCACCGGAACAGGCUGUGAACGCUUGA